UCACUCCAAGAUGUUUUUGAUCACCAAUGGUUUUGUACAAGUCAAGUGAAUAAUACAGAAGCUGCAUAGUGCAUUCUCAAAAAUAAUAAUCUGCAAUCAUACUAUUAAUUUUUUCAAAAAACUCAAUAACAAUCAUCGUGCAGUACACACCCCCAAGUGUAAAAUAUUAUUGUAAAUCUUUAAGAUUGUUUCUCGUCGACCAUGCAAAACGGUCUUAGAGCGUGGACUUGUGCGACGAUGCGCUUUUGACAGUAAGCCCUUGUUGAGAUAGUAUUUUUAUUUUUAUUUUUCAUCAUUGUAUCUACCACCGAAACGAUUAAAAGUGUAUACCAUGACAAUAAGCGGCUUCACCGAAGUAUUCACGACAAACAUCACACAUGUCGCGUUGGGAACCAUUUGAUAGGUCCCAACAACGGCUUUGGCGCAACACAUGUAUUCAAUAAAUUUGAUCAUCAACCGCACUGCUGUCGAUCAAUGGGAACCUGUUUUUCAUGUUUACGCUCUAAGAGUAUCACCAGACGGUCGGCACAACGCAGCAGUGAUAACAACAUUGACAAUGUUAUGGAAAAACGAGUCGAAGCACUAAACACAACUGAUAUAGGUCCUCCUGUAAUGUCCAUGACCAAUGGGACACAUAAUGUUCCUAACAUUGGAUUGGUUGGAAGUGAUAACUGCGGUAGCUUUCGUUCCUCGUUUACCUGCACUUUGACAUCUACACUCAGUAAGACAAACAUGCGGCUAAAUAGUUUUGCCGCCAAAAGCUUUCAGACCAGGGUACAAAAGUUGUUUGACGUGUACAAGGACGCUGACGACUUGAUACUAAUUGAAGGAAUCGAAAGGCUGUGCAGCGAUUUGCAAAUGUCUCCCGAAGAAUUCCGUAUUCUCAUAUUGGCGUGGAAAUGCGACGCCCAUCAAAUGUGUCGGUUCACGCGGGACGAGUUCACAAACGGCUGCUUUGCUCUCCAGGUGGAUUCCAUAGCGUCGAUGAAGAUCAAGUUGUCCGAAAUGACCGGUGAUCUCGAUUAUAAAACCGAGGAAUUCAAAAGCCUGUACAGGUUUACUUUUAAAUUUGGUUUGGACAACGUCGUGGGCCAACGUAUCUUACCGGUGGACACGGCCAUCGCGUUAUGGCAACUAGUUUUCCAUGUGCACAAACCGGAGAUACUACAACGUUGGCUGAACUUCUUAGAAAGUCAGGAAACCAUUAGAGGCAUCCCCAAGGACACGUGGAACAUGUUUUUGAAUUUCGCCGAGUCCGUAUCGCCGAAUGGCGAUCUGUCCAACUAUGACGAUACAGAAGCCUGGCCGAGCAUUUUCGAUGAUUUCGUCGAAUACGAAAACGAUCAAGCUAAUCAAAACAUCAGCGACAAAGGGGUUGGGAAAAAGAACAGCGGCGUACCUUAAAAAAAAAAAAAGAAAA